UUACACUUCACAUGCAUACUUCAUCAAAUUAAAGAAUCAUACACACUUUCAUUCAUAAAGCUUAAUUAGUUCAAUCUUCUUACUUGCUUGUUCAAUUUUUUUGUAGUUGAUUACUUGCUUAAUCUAAGUUAGAUACAAAGUUUGUUGAUUAUAAUGGCAAUGUCUAUGCAAGUGCAAGCCCUUCUAUCCAACUCCGCUAGCGCCUUCGCUAAUGGGUCUUCCAAGGUUUCUCCUCUAGGGUUUAACCCCCGGAUGGGAAAGCGGGUUAAUUUUGGGGUGAAGUGUAUGGCUGAGGAAAAGACUGAAGGUGAACCCAAGGUUGUUGACUCCGAUUUGCCUAAGUCAUACCCUAGCGUAUCUUCUCCCACCCCAACUCCACCCCCUAGGCCUCAGCCUAAAAAGGUAAGCACAAAUUUCACAGACCUAUUGGCCUUCAGUGGCCCUGCACCCGAAAGGAUCAACGGGCGUCUAGCCAUGAUCGGUUUCGUGGCGGCAAUAGCCGUAGAAUUAUCACAAGGCACAGACUUGUUUUCUCAGAUAUCCGACGGUGGUGCACAAUGGUUCUUAGGAACCAGCAUUCUUUUAUCAGUAGCAUCAUUGGUGCCGUUGUUCAAAGGUGAGCGAGCUGAAGCAAAGACCAGUGGUUUCAUGAACGCAAACGCCGAGCUAUGGAAUGGUAGGAUUGCUAUGUUAGGCCUUGUUGCCUUGGCUUUCACUGAGUUUGUUAAAGGUGGAGCACUUGUUUGAGGAAAAUCACCAUUUUUGAAUGUAGUAUGAUUGGUUGUAAAACUUGUAAUACCUUGAAAAAAUUUAUACUUUGAUCAAAGUUUUAUAAUGUAUAUAUGAAAUAUAUUAUGGGAUGUUUACAGUUUAGGGAGCUGAUUAGGUUACUAUAAAAUGUAAUGUACUCCUAUGAUGAUAUUUAUCUAUAUUGAUCAAAUUUUAA